UUAAAUAUUCAACAAUAGUCAACAUGGCACGUCAGCAGCAAAAUGACGUUGACGAGCUUUUCAACGUGAAAAACAAUUUUUAUAUUGGCAAUUAUCAGCAAUGCAUUAACGAAGCACAGAAAAUUAAGCCUUCUUCAUCGGAGGUGACAAUAGAGAGAGAUACAUUCCUCUACCGUGCGUACAUAGCACAACGAAAAUUUCGCGUUGUGUUAGAUGAAAUUAAUAGUUCGUCGCCGUCGGAACUGCAACCGCUUAAAAUGUUAGCGAAUUAUUUUGCAAAUCCCAGCAACAAAGAAACGAUACUCUCGGACUUACAGCAGGCAACAAAUCAUAUCAAUUAUGAUAACCACAAUCUUUUGAUCGUCGCCGCGACCAUUUAUUACCAUGAGAAUAAUUUGGAUGCGGCCCUCACGGUGCUCCGCGAUUCUGAAUACCUGGAAUGCCUAGCUCUGAAGCUAACGAUUUAUUUGAAAAUGCAUAGAGUAGAUCUUGCAAAGAAAGUAUUGAAAACUAUGCAAGAACAAGACGAUGAUGCAACUUUAACCCAGCUGGCCCAAGCAUGGUUGAACACAAGCACAGGUGCUGAUAAAUUGCAAGAUGCCUAUUAUAUUCUUCAGGAAAUGAUAGAUAAAUAUGCAAGUACAAGUAUCAUGUUAAAUGGACAAGCCACUUGUUUCAUCGGGCAAUCUAAAUAUGAAGAAGCUGAAACAAUUCUACAAGAAUCAUUAGAAAAAGACAGUAAUAAUCCAGUCACUCUGAUCAAUAUGGUUGUCCUUUCCCAACAUUUGGGAAAGCCACCAGAAGUUGCCAAUCGUUACUUGAGUCAAUUAAAGGAAUCACAUGCAGAACACCCUUUCAUUAAAGAAUAUACGCAGAAAGCUACAGAAUUUGAAAGGCUUGCGAUGCAAUAUUCUUCAUAUGCCUAAGUGGAUUAUGUUGUACUACAUCAUUCCAUGGAUCAAGUAUUGCUAAAGGGUAUGGUGCAAACAGUUACACCUCCGCUAUUGACAGAAGAAUGCUUGUUCCUCGUACAUUUUUGUUCAGUUGACUUUAUAUGAAACAAAAACAUUUUAAAUAAACAAAAAGAAUAUUUUGGAAAAAUAUACAAAGUCUUAAUAGAAUACUUACAAUAAUUUGAAAAGAAGUGAUAUUAAUAAUUGCAAAAGAGGUGUCUGUAAAUAUGUGUA